CUAUACGCCAUCUUUACUUUUACUUCAAAUAGUGCAAUUAUAUGUAGUGCAGUUUAGCUGUUGUUUAGAUAAGAUAGAGAAGGGUCAUUACAGAUCAUUUAAAAAUAUAUCCCAUUGCCAUAAUUCGUUACUUAAUGAAAGUAUAUAAAGUAACUAGGCGACAAAAUGUGCCCAUGCUCUAUGUAACUUGGCGGCCAACAUGAUAUGUUUUAAUGCUUCUUGUCGACAGAAGGGUGCGUUUAUCAUUUGGCGUAAGCAGGUGCACGUGAGGUGACGGUGACCGUCUGCUAGACGGGUCAGUGUCAGUGGCUACGUGCAUAAUCUUCCUCGUGACCAUCCCCGGGUAGUUUUGAAAAAUUUUGUUUCAACAUUAAAAUCACGACCAGUCUUGUGUGAUUAUGUUACAUAGGCUAGACGAUCAUCGGACGUUAUAAUGUUCACAGUAUUUCGCAUGUUACUAAUACUAAUCCAUUUUUCAUGUGACUUAUUUGCCGGGUUUUAUAAUUGCUGUAUGAUCGUUCAUCGCAAGUGUACCGAAAUCUGGUACCGUGAGAACCUAAGGACAGAAACUGAAAUGCUGAUGCGUGUCGCGAACAAAAUGAAAAAGCUCCCAAGGCAUUUAGUGAUCAUUUUCGGCGCGAAGGAGGACACUGUUUUUGACUGUAUACGAAUUAUUGGAUGGUGUAUUACCCUUGGUAUACCUUACAUCAGUUUCUUUGACAUCAGUGGUUAUUUAGUCCGAAAUGAGAAUUUAUUGAAAUACGAACUCGCAAAAAGACGGCCUGAUUUACUAGAUCGCAUCAGUUGGAGUAAACCAAAUGCAGGAUUCAAACAAAAUGGAAUAACCGACUUCAAAUUGAAAACGCGGAUAUCUUUGUUGUGCGCAUCAGAUGGAAAAAAAGAAAUAGUAUCGUUAACAAAAACAUUAGCUGAAGCUGUCGUCACAGGGACGAUUAAGCCGGAAGAAAUAAAUAUCGAUUUACUUAAUGAGAAAUUGAAUUCACGGGGAAUUCCGGACCCUGAUAUGGGACUAAUAUAUGGUCGCCUUUGUUCUACGUACGGUGUCUUGCCAUGGCAAACACGAAUAACAGAAUUCUACACGUUACCUUUACACGUUAGUUUAUCUGCAAAGGAUUUCACGUGUCUGUUAGAAAAAUAUAGUAAAUCCGAACAACGAUUCGGAAAAUAACUGGAAUUGUUGUUCAUUUGCGAAAAGUUUUUGUAUCCAAAAACAAGAAGAAACAAACAAAUGUGAAACAAAAUAUAGCUUCUAAGGACAUUUUUUACAAAGACUGAAUUUAAAAUAAUUUACAGAUACUAUUUUAUAAGUGGUUGCGUGCUAAAUAAACUUAUAAUGGCUACAUGCGUGGCACAAGUGUCGUUUCAUGAACCGGUUUUAACGUUUGCCGAUAAGAAGGAAUUUAGGUACCUUAACUUGAAGAGUUUCUCAUAAAUAAGAAAAGAAGAUUCCACAAAAUGCUGUAGAAGCGAAACAUUUUAAUUGUAUUUUUAAUUAUGCAAAAUAAUUGUCCUGCCAUAAGUUAAUACCAUAAAAAUUGGAGAGAAACAUAAAGAAUGUGAUAUUUUGUUUUUCUCCUCAAUUAAUUAAAGAUUUCGGUUUAUUUAGUUUUAAUAUACUAUAUCAAUAGUGUGUUAAUGCUAAGUAAAAUAUAAUUUUAAAGAAUACAAAGAGGAGUGAUAAGUAGACUAUUAAAGAGUGAUAACAUUUUAAAGAGGAAAGUAUAUUGAUUUAAACUCAAGUACAAAUAAAUUUAGGUAGUUAAGGUAAAAUUUUAGUACAUCAAUUUUUUAAAGUUUAACUAAUAUAUCACUCUUCUUUUAACUUUAUAUUUUCUAAACAAGAACCAGGAGCACUCACGCUUUAUGAAUAAACAUAUUAUGAAAUUAAAAUCUUGGCAGCUGUUGCAUUUUAUUUAUUAAGACGGUAACAUUCCACAUAUACAUAUAUAAUUAUUUAUUUCUAAAAUGACCAUGCACACAAAUAUUUUGAUAUUAAAAUGAUGACAAGAUUUUUACUUUUGUCUGUGGUAUUUGUCUCGUAAAAAAUUGCCUAUUGUGGAAUCAAAUUCCUAAAAUAUAAAUAUAAUUCGUUUUUGCAUAA